AUGUUAAAAGUAAGAGUAGCAAAUGUUCCCAGUCAAACUCUGAUCUUCCUAAACUAGGGACACUCUUUCCAUAAAGUUUCAGAAGCUCACUGAAGCUCUGCAAAUCUGAGUCGGGGAGAUGCAACAAAGCAAAUAAACGCUGGGCAGAGACGGCAUCUGUGGUUUAUUCCCCCUUUAAAAGUUUAAGAUGUUAAAUAUUUGAGGGAAAACAAUUAUUUGGAUAAUAAGGAAAAGAGAGACCAAGGCUUGUGUAAUUUUGUCAAAAUGCAUCACCAACAGCGAAUGGCUGCCUUAGGGACGGACAAAGAGCUGAGCGAUUUGCUGGAUUUCAGUGCGAUGUUUUCACCGCCUGUUAGUAGUGGGAAGAAUGGACCAACGUCCCUGGGAAGUGGCCAUUUCGGGGGUUCAAAUCUGGAAGACAGGUCAAGCUCUGGAUCUUGGGGAGCCAGUGGUCAUCCCAGCCCUUCCAGGAACUAUGCGGACGGAGUACACUAUGAACAAGUGACCAACAGGGAGCUUGGAUCGCAUGACAACCUUUCUACGUCCUCGUUCAUGAACUCUCGACUCGUAGGCAAAGCAGACAGGACGUCAUUCCCAUUCGUGAGGGACUCCAGUAUGCAGGGUUGUCAGCUCCAUUUUAUCGCCAUGCGAAGAGGCAUGCGAUCAAAGUCCAAUCUCCUUGGGCAAGACAUAGGUAUGGGCAGUCCAGGAGCCUCAUCACCUACAGGUGCCAAGCCUGGGUCACAGUAUUAUCCAUAUUCCAGCAAUAAUCCUCGUCGGCGACCAAUGCAUGAUUCCUCCAUGGAGAUGCCUCCGAAAAAGGUUAGGAAGGUGCCUCCAGGUUUACCAUCUUCGGUGUAUGCCCCAUCAGCAAGCACUGCCGAUUACAACAGGGAUUCACCAGGUUAUUCUUCCUCCAAGCCUCCUACCAGUUCGUUUUCUAGUUCAUUCUUUAUGCAAGAUGGGCAUCACAACUCUGAUCCGUGGAGUUCCUCUGGUGGAAUGAAUCAGCCCGGUUACGGAGGCAUGCUGGUAAACUCCUCCCACGUUCCGCAGUCCAGCAGUUACUGCAGUCUGCAUCCGCAAGAUCGUUUGAACUACCCAUCACACUCCUCGACGGACAUCAAUGCCAGUCUCCCACCGAUGUCCAGUUUCCACCGCAGUGGCACAAAUCACUAUGGUGCCUCAUCCUGCACACCUCCAGCCAAUGGAACAGACAAUAUCAUGGUGAGCAGGGCAGGAGCAUCAUCUGGCAGCUCACAGACUGGCGAUGCACUGGGCAAGGCACUUGCAUCAAUCUAUUCACCAGACCACACUAACACCAGUUUCCCUUCCAAUCCAUCAACGCCUGUUGGAUCUCCGCCAACUCACACAGCAGGUACCUCUGUGUGGUCUAGAAAUGGAGGCCAGGGUCCAUCCUCUCCUAAUUACGAAGGCCCUCUUCACUCUUUGCAAACCCGGAUUGAAGACCGCCUGGAGAGAUUAGACGAUGCCAUACACGUACUGCGGAACCACGCCGUGGGACCGUCGACAGCCAUGCCCAGUAGCCAUAGCGAUUUGCAGAAUUUAAUAGGAGCGUCACACAAUGGGCCAAUGGGUGGCUUGGGAUCAGGAUAUGGGACAGGUCUGCUGUCAACCAACAGACACUCUUUAAUGGUGGGAGCUCAUCGUGAAGAAGGUGUUGGGCUUCGAGGCAGCCAUGCAAUCGUUUCAAACCAAGUGCCAGUCCCACAGCUUCCAGUGCAGUCAGCCAUUUCCCCUGACCUAAACCAAUCCCAGGACCCAUACCGGGCCCUCUCCAGCGGCCUGCAAGGACAAAGCGUGUCAUCUGUCAGCUCAGACAUAAAGUCCGAAGAUGAACCCGACGAGAAUCUGCAGGAUUCAAAACCCACAGAUGAUAAAAAGGGAGACGAGGACAAGAAGGACAUCAAGAUAUUAAAUAGGUCACUAUCUAGCAAUAAUAAUGACGAUGAAGACCUUACCCCGGAGCAGAAGGCUGAGCGUGAACGAGAACGGAGAAUGGCAAAUAAUGCCCGCGAGCGUCUGCGUGUGCGUGACAUCAACGAAGCAUUUAAAGAGCUAGGCCGCAUGGUGCAGCUCCACCUGAAGAGCGACAAGCCACAAACGAAGCUCUUGAUCCUCCACCAAGCAGUCGCCGUUAUCUUGAGCCUGGAACAGCAAGUCCGAGAGAGGAAUCUGAACCCUAAAGCAGCUUGUCUGAAAAGAAGAGAAGAGGAGAAAGUGUCAACAGAUCCACCGCCACUCUCCCUUGCUGGCGUCAACCCGAGUAUGGGAGACACUUCCAACCAUAUGGGCCCAAUGUGAAAAGAGGCCCAUGGUGCCAGAUCAACAAAAAUAAGUGAGAGACCGCUUCCUUGACAACUGUAUUAUCUUACAACAAUGUAAACACUCUGCCCAUCCCCUUCUUUUGUAAAAUGGAGACACAUUAAAAGCAGUCACGAAAAUGAAUCACAGACGAGAGAGAGAGAGAGAGAGAGAGAGAAAGAGAGAGAGCAAGGAAAAGGAGAAUACUGCAUUCCCAACAAGCAAAGUACGACUUGGGGGACAAACUCUAACAUAUCAUUCAGAAUGUUGAGCAGUAUGUUGCAAGCUGUUAAUGUACAGCCUGGAGACUGAACGGCAAUCUUCUCCACACUGUGGAAAAUGCAUUUGUGCCUGAACUUCUGUAAAAAAAUAAAAUUAAAAAAAAAUCAA